CCAUGCCAGUCGCCAUAUCCCCAGCUCCGUAGACACGUACAACACGAUACUUUCUUUGCCUGUGCCGCGGACACCCAAUACCUCGUACUCGAGAGCCGACUAGCGUGUUAGCGCCGUGAAGCCGGAACGUGGGAACUCCACAGGCCCGCAUCAUGCAGGUCCCGAAGCUCCCCAGAGCUCUUUCCUUGCAGCUAUACUUUUGCCUCAGCUCUUUCAGACUUCCCUUCACUUAACCUCAUGCAUAGCCAUCUUGCUUCUCUCUAGUCAACCAGACAUUCAUCAUCUUCCGUCGUUCCGCCUAUUCCUAUCGAUAAGCAUCUCUCAAGCCUCGGCGCAUCGUCAUCCCAUUCGCUACCAAACUGUCGUCCCCAACGCGUUCGCGCCACGAGCUGGCGUCCCUCUACGACAUGGAGCCACGAGAAAGCCUUGACGAUGAGGGCGCGCCUCCCCAGGCAUAUCGCGACGACGAGACUGCGAACACUUCUUCUGCCGAGCCUGCCGACGUACCCGCCAACUCCGAGACAUCCGGCGAGGAGUACUAUAGCCCACAAGAGCCCUACUACACCAGUAAAUACAUUCCACCGCGGUUGCAACGUACAUGGAACAAUGUUGUUGUAUGGGUCAAGGGUCCUCAGCCACCACGACCGUGGAAGAUACAUCCCUUCUUUCCCAAGAUACAGACUGCGCCGAUCCAGUUGUUGAACAACUACUUCCCAGAGCGAAGACAGAAGAUUGCCCUGCUAGUCUUUUUCUACUUCUGCUGGCUCCUCACUUUUGGAUUGGUCCUGCAUCGUAGCGCGUUCGCAGCAGACAUACCGGGAUACGGAAGCCCAGUGCGCAUACGGUGUACAGAUCGCUUCUGGAGCGAUGGCAAUGGUUGCGGGCUAAAUGGGGAUCUCUGCCGGCCCUUCGAGAACAGUACCAUGCCGUUCCGUUGCCCGGCAAACUGUAGGCGCGAGCAAUUGCUGAAUCCACAUGCUGUUGGUGACAAGAACGUAAAUUACCGUCAACUCGUUAUUGGUGGACCCACCGACGAGGAAGAGACACUGGAAAACACAUACUACCGUGCUGAUUCUUUCAUCUGCGGAGCGGCUAUUCAUGCUGGUUUUAUAAACGACGCGUCCGGUGGUUGCGGAGUUGUUGCGCAGGUUGGUGAGAAGAACGAGUACCCCAGCGUGAACAGGAGGCAUAUUAAGAGUAUUGGCUUUGACUCUUAUUUCCCACGGUCCUUCUCCUUCCUGUCUGGUACACAAGCCAAAUGUCGCGACCUGCGGUGGCCACUGCUAGGCGUGUCGCUAACUUUUACCAUCCUGUUGUCUUUGUUCACAACAUCGCCAUCCGUCUUUUUCUCCUCCAUCUUCUUUGGUGUCUUCUUCCACGUUGCGCUUGCAUCAGACCCACCAAACCUUACCGACUACUACUCCAUCAUCAGUAUUGCCUUGGGGCGCUUUCUUCCGGCAUCAUUCUGCAUGUAUGCCGUCUACCAAUUUGCGGUGCGUCGUCAACUGCAAGGCCUCCACGCACAGGUUGAGAAAACCAUCCUUUGGCUUGGAGGAUGUUGGAUCGGCGCUUUAAACAACUACACGUUCGACAAGAUUCCUAUCGAGCGCCUCACACCACACGACAUCAAGAAUCAGCCAGGUGCCAUUCCAGCGCUGAUCAUUAUCGUCCUUAUCUUGUUCACCAUCGCCCUGGGACAAGCCUGGUCGUUCCGUGUCGAGGGUCGCCUGCCGCGCUACCUCGCCAUCUAUGGUGCUCUGGUCGGAGGCAUUCUUGCGCUUGUUGCCAUCCCAAAGAUGAAUGUUCGCAUCCACCACUAUAUCCUCGGCUUGCUACUUGUUCCUGGUACAUCUAUGCAAACACGUCCAUCUUUACUCUUUCAAGGCAUCUUGAUCGGCCUCUUCAUCAAUGGCACUGCACGGUGGGGCUUCGCCAGCAUCCUCGAGACGCCUAGUGCACUUCGCGGUGACGCACCUAUGGGCACCUUACUUCCUAUUAUUACUGCGCCAAUCAUCCACAAUAACCUGAACAUUCACCAUUUGAGACCGAAUAUCACCUUCGAUUGGCACUUCCCUUUCCCCGAACCUUAUGACGGGAUAAGUAUCUUGGUCAACGAUGUGGAAAGGUACCAUGAAUACGCUGACCGUAUGGAGGAAAGCUGGACUUGGACUAGACACAUGGAAAAUGUCAACGAAUAUUUCCGCUUUGGAUACUUGAAAGGUGGAGGAAGAGGCGACUACACGAAAGCUGGAGUUUGGAGAGCAGAUGGUGGUUGGACGGAGAUGGCUUCUGGACCAUCUUGAUGGUCGCAGAGAGUAUGAAUCUGGUUGGGCAUCGCGUCGCAUCGUAUAGUUUGGAUAGUGCAUGUCCUGGUAAGACCAAGAAGACUAUUUUAGAUUUUGUGAGAGAUGCUAGUCUAAUCUUUUGCAACCCGAUGGAUCACCCGUUGUCGUUAGCCCAAUGUAUGUCUAGUAUACAUAUGCAGCAACAUGUGUCGCUUUCUUUUUGUUCUUUAGCUUGACGCAAUCUA